UGUUGUGCCGUCUUCUACAGUUUUGUUUUGGAGGUGAACGUAUCGGUUUCCGCCAACACGGCUAACUGCGGUUAGCUUAAUGCCGCCCUCCCCCGGCUGUUUUCGGGGUAAAAGUGCAGAAGUAAGGCACGCGCGGUCAUUGGUCUCUGCACCUAACACGGGAUGGCUCCGCUGAGGUUCUGUGCGAAUAUUUCCUGGUUGUUCACGGAGCUUCCAGACUUCAGCCAGAGGAUAUACGCGGCCGCCUCGGCCGGCUUUCAGGCGGUGGAGGCCGCCUGGCUCUACGACUGCGACCUGCCGGAGCUCCAGAGAGCCAGAGAGGCUACAGGAGUGGAGGUGAUCCUCAUCAACACCCCACCCGGAGAUGUAAAGGGAGGGGAUCUUGGUCUUGGAGCAGUCCCUGGAAGAGAGGCAGAGUUCAGACAGGGUCUGGAUCUGGCUUUGAAGUAUGCACGAGCUUUGGACUGCAAAAGAAUCCACCUUAUGGCAGGGAGACUUCCUGUGGGCUCGCACAGAACUGCGGUUGCCAAGGAGAUGGAGGCCAUCUUUGUGCAGAACCUAACCUACGCUGCUGAUAUCCUCUCAAAGGAAGGAAUCACUGGCUUGAUUGAACCAAUCAACACAAGGAUUACAGAUCCCAGGUAUUUUCUGGACUCGCCUCAUCAAGCAGCUGCAAUACUGGAGAAGGUUGGCAAGCCCAACAUCAAGCUGCAAAUGGACGUCUUUCACUGGCAAAUAAUGGAUGGAAACCUGACACAAAACAUACAUAAGUACUUCCCCCUUAUUGGUCAUGUUCAGGUGGCUCAGGUCCCGGGCAGGAAUGAGCCCGACAGCGGCGGAGAGCUUAGCUACAGCUACCUGCUGAAGACCCUGGAGGAGCACGGCUACCAGGGAUACAUCGGCUGUGAAUAUAAGCCACAAGGCUCCACAAAGGAGGGCCUGGGCUGGAUCAGAGACUACUGCACCCACAGCCGAUGAUGAGCCCAGCUGUCCAGUCACACAGCUGUCCCUGCGUCAAUGACAGGCUUCUUAUACUUUAUUAACUUCUUCUGCUACUUUACUGGGAGUAAGACAUUUUGUACACGUAGAAUAUAUAUGAUUUAAUUACAGGUCAUACUGUGUCUGAUACUGGUAUUAACUGGCUCAAUCCAAACUGCGACGUAUCCCGAUUUUCUUUACAUUAGUUGAACUUUUUUUUGUUGCAUAAAACUGCACUUAAAAAUCGGUCAGUUUUUUAAUGCUGCCUUUUAAAUCCAAAUUAGUGUUUAAUUUGUUUGAUAAAAAAAUGUUGAAAAUGGGGUGCCUAGUUAUAGAGCACACACCCCUAUUUAGAGCCACUUUCCUGCAUGUCAUCCCCCCCCCAUCUCUCUAAAUGCCCCAAAAAAAUCUUUUAAAAAAGAAGAAAAUUUCCUUUCAUUAGUUUUAAAUCCAACGAGCAGUUUGUUGGAUUUUAGCAGAAUACUUGAAGCAGCAGAACUGAGAACAGUCUCUCGGCUAUUUAUCGAAAAUGAUAUUGUUAUUGCGGUAUUUAUAAAAUAUUGCAUAUUUUCCUCAUAUCCUGCAGCCCGAGAUGAAAUGACAAGUAGUUUAUUGGUGUUUCA